CUUUUUUCUGAAAACCCCCUUCUGGCUAGACCCAAACAGGUCGUUUCUUCUCUGUAUCGACUUCUAUGUCGCCUGACCGCGUCUUGCCGCCGCCGGCCGGCCGCCCGACACCAAAUUCGUCCGUGAAAGGUUUGGGGAAACGGGGCGGCGGGCACGGGCUCGGGCUCGGGCUCGACUGAGGAGAUGCUACAGAAGAAGGCCCCAACGGUGGUGAGGAGCGGAGGGGUGCCGUCGUCGCAUCGCGGAAAGGGGGCGGCGCGGUCGUACUCGAAUGGGGAGAUUCUGCCGAAGAAGGCUAGCGGAGGGGUAUCAGUGCCAGCAACGGAUCCUGGCAAGGUGCCGGUGGAUACGGGUUCGAUCGGAGAGAUGCCGCCGAUGAAGACCAUGACCUCGAGCGGAGGGUCGCCAUCGCAGACGCGCGUCGGAAAGGCUAAGACGGGCCUGCGCAGAGAGAAGGUGGAGCUGGAGCCAGGGGUUCCUUCUCGAAUCGGACCUUGUGCGCCAGGCAUCAAGGGGGUCGGCACAAGCACAGCACUACCGGAUGCCGGGGAGCAUAAGCCCACCAAGAUUAAAAGGGCGGAUAUGGCCUUGAACGGUGGGACGAUGCUGCUGAAGCCCAGCACAAAGGCGAAGUCUGUAGGCUCGGGUGGACAGACGGUGCACAAGUGCCGUGCAAUGGAGACCGGUUCCCUUGCUUCCAUGGAUAAUCACAAUGCCAGGACUACUGCUGCUAAAAAUUGUGAAGAAUCUGUUGCCAAUUACCGGACAAUGAAGGGGAAAACAAGCAGAGCCUCGAUUGGAAAGAUGUCGCAGAAGCUCUGCUCAAAAGACAAGGCUGAUACAGGCUUGAACGGUGUGAUGCUGCUGCAGAACCAGAGCUCAAAGGUGGAGGCUGAUGUGGGCUUGAGUGGAGAGAUGCUGCAUGAGAACCCUGCAACUAAGGAGGCUUUAGACGUCCAAGAACAAGCAAGGCUUUUGAUCCAAGAGCUUGAUGAGUUGCACAUGGGAGAGUCUAUCAGCUUUAAGGAGUUCAAUUCUUACAUUGGACAGCUGGCUCCCAACCCUCCUUGGAUUGAUCGUAAUGUUAAACUGGAAGAUGAGGAGCUGCACCAUCAACAAGACUGUCUACAUGGACUAUAUCGCUUCAGAUAUUACAAAUACAAGUUGUCACAACAAGUGUCCAAGAAAGAACUGCAUGGUGAUAAAUUGAAAGAAGAUUACCCUGAGGAAGAUGGCAGUACAUGGAAAGAGGAAUUUCUUCAGGACAGUUGUGAGGAGGGUUGUUCUCUGGAGUUUCUUGAGAAGUAUGGAUUUUUCGAGCGCUUCGAGAAAGACGGCACAUUGGAUUGGUUUUUCCACCCUGAUUACAUCUACUGUGCUUCCCUGGAUGACUACCAACGCCUAGUCCUUCUGAAUUAUGGUGGUUAUGAGUACGCCAGCUGGGCAGACUACCACAAAUACUUGCAGACUUAUAAGAUGGAGCUAGAGUAUCUCAAGUACUAUGAGAAAUUAUCAAAGGACCUUAAGUGGAUAGAAAAUUAUCGACAUACCGAGCAAUCAUCUCACAAGUGGGGAAUAAUAUGUAGCAGAGGAGCUUACCAAGCAAUUAAGAUUGCUGCUACUGACUUUACUGAGAUUAGCGCAACUUUCGCUUACAUUGGCUACCAUGUAGGAUCCCUCACAUACAUUUGAUUUGAUGUAGCUUACAGUGUCUAAUAUGUAGUAUCUAACAGUUGCAUUCUUUCUAUCCCGUGUGUAUAAACCCUUCCAGACCGGCAGAUUUGCCUACCAAAUCGAAGUAUAGUACGAACACCGAUACGAUCACCGUGCUCA